AUGGGUACUAGUAGAGUUGUUAAGAGUGACAUUUUAGUGGGAUUUUUGUUUGUGUUAUUUGUUGGAAGUUGCAUUGAGGGGAGAAAGUUGGUGGCGGAGGAGGUAGCCGGCGGAGAUGGGAUUGAAGUGAAGAAACCGGAGUGGUUUUUUGAUGAUCAACCGGGAUGGAGUUUUGGUGGCGGCGGUGGUGGUGGAGGCGGCGGUGGUAGUUCUUUUAGUUUUAGUAUUGGGAAUGGGGAGGGGUUUACAAUUGGGAGUGAUGAAAAGAUAGUGGAGAAACCUGAUUGUGAUGGGAAAGAAAAAGGGGGUGGUGGUAAAAAGAAGCAUGGUAAGAAAGAGAAAACGCACCAUGGUCAUUUUGGUGGUGGGAUUGGUAAGGGCACUGGUGGUGGUGGAAUUGGGAAAGGAAAAGGUGGAGGGAUAGGGAAAGGUGGUGGGAUUGGGAAAGGCGGUGGUGGAAUAGGGAAAGGAGGUGGAGGCGGAAUUGGCGGUGGUUCCGGUGGUGGAGGAAUAGGUAAGGGAGGUGGAGGUGGAGCAGGAGGCGGAAUUGGCGGUGGUUCCGGUGGUGGAGGAAUAGGUAAGGGAGGUGGUGGUGGUGGAGUAGGAGGCGGAAUUGGCGGUGGUUCCGGUGGUGGAGGAAUAGGUAAGGGAGGUGGUGGUGGAGUAGGAGGCGGAAUUGGCGGUGGUUCCGGUGGUGGAGGAAUAGGUAAGGGAGGUGGUGGUGGAGUAGGAGGCGGAAUUGGUGGUGGUUCUGGUGGUGGAGUAGGAGGUGGAGGAGGUGUUGGUGGAGGUUCCGGUGGAGGAAUAGGAGGCGGUGGUGGAGCCGGAGGGGGUGUUGGAGGCGGUGGUGGAGCAGGCGGCGGAAUUGGGGGUGGUGGUGGAGCCGGAGGGGGAGUCGGAGGCGGUGGUGGAGCUGGCGGCGGAGCUGGUGGUGGCGAUGGAGCCGGAGGUGGAAUGGGGGGCGGUGGCGGAGCUGGUGGAGGGCUUGGAGGCGGUGUAGGAGGUGGUGGUGGAUCUGGUGGAGGAAUGGGAGGAGGAUUUGGAAGUGGUGGUGGGAUAGGUAGUGGUGGCGGUGGAGGAUUUGGUGGUGGUGGAGGCGGAGGCUUUGGCGGAGGCAAUGGUGGAGGGUUUGGUGGCGGAGUUGGUGGUGGAUUUGGGGGAGGAAAAGGUGGUGGUGGUGGCGGCGGCUUUGGUGGAGGUGGCGGUGGAGGUGUUGGAAAAGGAGUCGGAGGAGGGUUUGGUGGUGGUGCCGGAGGUGGUGUAGGUGGAGGAGGUGAUUAA